GGGAGGAGCGAUUUCGCCCAAGCCCGCCAGCUCGCGCGAGGAACUGAGCGCGUGCGCACAAAGAGAUUAGGCAGGCGAGAGUGUGUGCAGGAGGGGAAAGCGAUGGAACCAUAGAGCUUCUGUUGGGUGGGCAGAGGGGCCGGAAGUAGUGUGUUGUCGCAGCAGAAGUGACGCGUUCCGUCACUCCAUCCCUUUCUUUAUUUCUUCCUUUCUAAAGCCGGACCCGUUCGCCGCUGGUCGGUCGGUCGCCGCCAUGGCUCUGGAGACGGUGCCCAAAGACCUGCGUCACUUGCGGGCCUGCCUGCUCUGCUCGCUUGUGAAGGUGAGUGAGUGUGUAUGUUGUCCGGUUCCACUUCCGGAUAAACCGGAAGCCCCUGUUUUUAAUUACGGGGAACCAUCCUGGAGGGAGCCAGUGUGGAUCCUUUGCCCCUGGGGAUCACCCUACAAAGCAGGGUGGGGGAGCUCCUUCUGUUCCCCAACCCUUGUUGCCUGUUCACGGUGUGCUUCCAGACCAUGGAGCUUCUGGUUUAGCCAUUGUGGCUCAUGGCAGAAUUUGCUAGAGUUAUUACUGUACUGUAUUUAAUUAAAGUAAAUAAUAAUUUUAAAAAUUGUCCAGUUUUCCCCCAGCACCGUAGACACCAACUAAUAAGUAUUUAAUUACUUAUUGUGUUGAAUGUAUAUGUCACUUUCUCUUCCAAAGUUCUCAAGGGGGUGUACAUGGUUCUGCCCCUCCUCAUUUAAUCCCCACUACAACCCUGUGAGGUGAGCUAGGCAUCGAGCUUCAUGGCCGAGUCGGGGAUUUUAACCCUUGUCUCCAAGGCUCUAGUAUAACAGUCAGACCAUAACACCACCACUGGCUCUCAGACUUAACACCCUGUAUGAAGGAUCCCUUCUGGGGCAGGACCUUGAGACUCUUUGGAGGCCAGUUCCCCAGUCUUGUCAGCACCUGGACCCUGUCCUGAUAGUGAUGUCCUAUCACUAUCGGGCAAAGAUUCUGAAAAUUUUAUUUUGACAGGUCUUUAGCCUGACUUGACUUUAUUUACAACUCACCUAAUAAGUGGAUAGAUGUAUGAGAGGUGCAUGCCAUUCAUUCAUUAUUUAUUUACUUAUCAAUAAAACAAUCACAAUAAACCAAGCGCCCAUAUAAUACAUUUUGAUUUGGCCACAGGGUUGGUGUCUGGAUUGGUUUCAUGUGCUUACUUUUUUGCUUUUUUUACAAGUUUUAGAAAUGUAUUUCCUUAUAAUAAUUCUCAUUAGUUGCCUUGUGAGGAAAUAAUGGAAUGAUUCCUUGCAAAGGUUGUGCUCCAGCAGGUUUUUUUGUUUGUUUUAUUCAACCUCUAGUUGUAGAAACUUCCUUUUGAGUUCCUUUUCCUGAUUUAAUUUCAUCUUGCUCUUCAGACCAUUGACCAAUUUGAGUUUGAUGGUUGUGACAACUGUGACUCCUACCUGCAGAUGAAGGGGAACCGUGAGAUGGUUUAUGAUUGCACCAGCUCUUCCUUUGAUGGGUGAGUCUGCUUGCUAUUAUUAUUUAUUGGAUUUCUUACACCUGCUUGACCAGAAGGUCCCAAUGCAGCAUACAACAAUACAGUCAUACCUUGGAAGUCGAAUGGAGUCCAUUCCAAAAGUUCUUUCGAGUUCCAAAACGUUCGGAAACCAAACUGCAGCUUCUGAUUGGCUGCAGGAAUUAGCCUGCAGCCAAUCAGAAGUCGUGGAAGCCCCGUCGGACGUUUGGGUUCCAAAAGAACGUUUGCAAACUGGAACAAUCACUUCCGGUUUUGCGGUGUUCGGAGCCAAAACGUCUGAGUUCCAGGGCAUUUGGGAUCCAAGGUAUGACUGAAUAAAAAUGCAAUAUUUGCUUAAAAGAACUUAUAGAAAUCCCUCCCAAAAAAAGGUUGGCUAGAGCAGGGGCCACCCAUGUGCCUGCAGUCUUCUCUGGCAUUCACAUCGUACUGCAGUGGAUUUUUUUCAGUUAACCACACCCAAACCACACCCAGCUGUGAUGCUUUAAGACAGCUUUGCUUGGUUAGAACAACAGCAGCUGCUUAGGAACCCAAAGAAGUGGAGUCCAUAGGCCUAUAAGUUACAUGGGCUUAUAUAGAGGCAUUAUGUUUACACAUGUGUAGAAAUUAAGUCAUGUAAUAAGCAGAGGUUGCAGUUAGCUAACAACCCUAUCAAAAGAGGAAAAGUAACAUUGCAGAACAAGGUCAUAGAUUCAUCUAUUAGCAAAUUCCUUCAUACUUCUUCACAGACAUCUUGGCUUACAACAUCCUUUCACCCAAUAUCCUCUUCACACUGCCUUUACAUCUUAGGCUAUCUAUCAAUACCUUUUUCUACCACACUACUCACCCCUUGCUGAUAUUAGGCUUGGGGCAAGCAUUAAACACACUAGGUUGCAAUGUGUGCUUGGCUGUGGUGUGGCACCCACAGCCAUUUUUCUGGUAGGGUUUUUUGGUCAUUUGAGUGUAAGCAGCCAAUGACAAGACCAAGGGUUUUUUGACUGGUGUCUCUUCAUCCAGCUGAAUAACCAUGGAAAUGAUAGCAGGGCAAUUAUCCAUGGUAUGCAGUGUUAAGUAGGAAGCCGAGUUCCUUAGAGAUGCAAGAUGUUGGAAUGAGCUGGGCUCAUGUGCAAGGGGAGGCAACUGACACAGGCAAAGAGGAGCAGUUGCCUACCUCUCGGCCUAAUAAUUCUCCCCACAUCUGGCUUGUGUUACUGAGCCCCGUGGCCUCUUGUAUAGGACAGGAAAAGAAUCAAAGAGUUGCCCUCUCCUCUGCCUAGAAAUAAUAGACAAGUUCAGGAAACCAGUGAAUUUAGGUAUGAAAAGAUGAUGCUACUGUUUUCAAAAUUCAAUGAUGGUUUCCGAGUCAGGAAAGAGAUUUUGUUGCUGAACUAAACCACCCAUCUUCCCAGGGCAAUGGCCAUGCUUUCCAGGGCUGAUGGGAGUUAGUGUUCAGCAAUACCUGGGGGGCCAAAGAUUCCCCACACCUGCUUUAGACACAUAAUAUAGUAGUAGCCCUGUUAGUAUAUUAGUCCCAAGAAGGCAAGUUCCCAAGAAGGCUGGAAUACUGGUUGCUUUUGAUCAUUCUUGGUGCCUUUGUGGGCAUUGGAUGUAUGCAGUGAGGAGAGUUCAUUGGCAAAGCAUGUGCUAUGAAAAUCUCCAGAUAAUGAGCAGGAAAUUACUUUUGUUUAAGACCUCCUGAGAGUUGCUGCCAGUCAAAAUAAACAGUGCUGGGUUAGAUGGACCCAUAGUAUAAAGCAGCCUUGUACAGUGGUACCUCGCAAGACGAAUGCCUCGCAAGAUGAAAAACGCGCAAGACGAAAGAGUUUUUCGUUUUUUGAGUCGUUCCGCAAGACGAAUUUCCCUAUGGGCUUGCUUCGCAAGACGAAACGUCUUGCGAGUUCUUGCGAGUUUGUUUCCUUUUUCUUAAAGCCGCUAAGCCGCUAAUAGCUGUGCUUCGCAAGAUGAAAAAACCGCAAGACGAAGAGACUCGCGGAACGGAUUAAUUUUGUCUUGCGAGGCACCACUGUACAUUCAAGGUGAACAAGCAGUGUUCUCUGUGGAUGAGUGAGGUGAGGGACCCUUUCAGGCUGAAACCCAAGAGUGCCUCAUCCUCAGAGUAAGCGUAGUUGGUGUGACGUGUUCCUGCAGUUCUAACUCUCCCUGUCCUCUUGCAGCAUUAUUGCCAUGAUGAGCCCUGAGGACAGCUGGGUCUCCAAGUGGCAGAGAAUCAGUAAGUCCACCCCUUUGUGUCCUCUCGCACUCCGCCUUCAGCAUAAUUAUGGCAAAUGAAAAGGCAGAUUAACCCUGUUUCUCUGGAAUUGGCUGUAAAUCUUCAGGCGGUUUGCUGUUUCCUCUGUGUUUCCCUUUUGGUCUGCUACCAUUUGCAAUUGAAGCAGCUUUUUAUAACCUCUUCCAUUGUUUUGCCACACACACCUGGGGACCUUCCACACACCCCCCAAAUCCUAUUACAGUGGUACCUCGGGUUACAUACGCUUCAGGUUACAGACUCCGCUAACCCAGAAAUAGUACCUUGGGUUAAGAACUUUGCUUCAGGAUCAGAACAGAAAUCAUGCUCUGGCAGCGCUGCGGCAGCAGGAGGCCCCAUUAGCUAAAGUGGUGCUUCAGGUUAAGAACAGUUUCAGGUUAAGAACGGACCUCCAGAACGAAUUAAGUACUUAACCAGAGGUACCACUGUAUUACUUUCUUUAAACCCUUUUUGCAGUGGUUUGAUUCUCAGUUUUCCUCACAGCAACCCUGUGGGCUUACCAAGGUGGGGAGUAAGAGUGUUUUUGUCUGUGUUUCUUCAUUGCUGUUCAGGAUAGCCCAGGCUCCCUUUUCAUAAAGUUGUUGGUUUAAGAAGUUCUAACCAGAGCGUGUUCUCUUCCCCCAGGUAACUUCAAGCCUGGUGUGUAUGCAGUGUCUGUGACUGGCCGCCUGCCCCAAGGUAACUUGCCAGGCUUUUAGUAAGAAUUAAAAGUCUUUCCUUGCUCACGAAGAUAAGCUGCUCAGUCAGGCCCAAGGGGACCCUUUUAGUCCAGCAUCCUCUUCUGGCCACCUAGAUCCUCUAAUGAGAAGCCAACAAGCUGGACAUGAGGUCAACCUGGGUUGAUAACCUCAGAUAUUUCCACCAUUUUUGCUACUGAGCCUGUGCUCAUCUGGGCAUUUCUGUCUUGAGGGGAAGAGCUUGCAUAAUAUCACUAGAACUCAUGGACAUCUAAUGAAGCUGAAUUUUGGAAGUUUCAGGACAGACAAAAGAAAGUCCUCAUGCAGUGCAUAGUUAAACUAUGGAACUCACUCCCACAGGAGGUAAUGAUGGCCAGCAACUGGAUGGCUUUUAAAAAAGCAAUGAGGAAAGGGCAAUCAAUGUCUACCAUCCUUGAUGGCUAUGCUCUGCUUUCACAGUUGGGGGCAGCGAUGCUACCAGUUGCUGGAAACUGCAGGAGUGCUCUGGUGCUCAAAUCCUGCCUGAGGGUUUCCCAGAAAAUGUGUUUGCUUGGCAUUGUGCGAACAGGAUACUGAUCUCGAUGGGCCAUUGGCCUAAUCCAGCAGGCUCUUCUUAUCUUAUUUUAUGUAUAUAAUGGGGGAGGAAAAGGAAGAACUAGGCUUACAGAAAGAGUAUAAUUGGUCACCAUGAUUAACCUUGCAGCUGGUUAGGAAAUUUGCAGUUUCAGGAUGUGAUGCUUGCACGCAGAGAUGUAGAUAAAACCUACUAUGACAAAGCUUUGGGAAUAAUCUUUUUCUUGGGUUUUGCUAAUUAGCUAGCUGCAGGGUUGCUAAUGCCACAUACCUUUUCCUUUUACUUCCUUGCCUCUUCUCCCCACCCCUUAAACAUAUGUCAUGCUUUUUUAUUGCUGCAGGCAUCGUCCGGGAACUGAAGAGUCGCGGUGUGGCCUACAAGUCUCGGGACACAGCCAUAAAGACCUAAGGAGGAGGCGUUCCCACCCACCCCUCAAUUGAUGCCCACACAGGCCUCCAUUUCAGAAGAGACUCCUGCUCAGAACUGGCCUAACGUUAAGAAACAAAGAUCUCUUUGUGGGUGUGGGGUCUUUGUCUGGGGAUCAAGAGUGGACUGACUGCACCAUGCUCCUCCCUGCUAGCUGAGCUAGAGAAGGGCCUUCCUGAGAGGCUGUAAGUAGGAGCGGCAGAAGUUUAAGUGUUGGCGAUUUCUGUAAAUAUUCCUAAUAAAUUUGGUUAUGGUGUCAGAAAUUCACAUCCUGACGUUUGCUGUUUCCCUUGCCAUCUGCAAAACAUAUAGAGCUGAAAGUGGGGGUGGUGGGGACUUCUGUUAAGUAUGGACUUAGGCAGCAGGUUUUGUUCUGAUAUGGAUGUGCUAUUUUUUGUGUGGAAAGUGGCCCUCUAGAUUGCUGGACUGCACUCCCAUCAGCUGCAGGCAGGAUGGCCCAUGGUCCCAGAGAAUGAGGUGUUGUCCAGCAGUACCAAGAGCCUCUACUUAGUUAAGGUGUGCUGGGGAGGGUGAAGGCCUGGAAACCAAGCCUUAUGAGGCAGGGUUGAGGGAGCUGUGUAUGUUUAGCCCGGGGAAGAGGUGAGAUGAAGAGGGUGUCACGUUACUGCUGUCCCAGAGGGGCAGCAGGGGAGAACCCAAACCAGUGGGUUCAAAUGACAAGAAAGGAGAUUCCGAUGAAACAUUAGGAAGAACUUUCUGAGGGAGCUGCUUGACAGUGGAACAGGACCACCUCAGAAGGUGGUGGAAUCUGCUUCAUUAGAAGUUUUUAAACAGAGAUUGGAUGUCCAUAUGUUAAAGAUUCUUUAGCUGUGAUUCCUGCAUUGUAGGGGGCUGGACUAGAUGACCCCCGGGGAUCCCUUCCAACUCUGCAAUUCCAUGAUUCCAAGGUUUUCGUCUUGUUUUAAAUAUAUUUGCUGUUUUGUGUUUUUAGUUAUUUAGUGUGCAAAUUGCCGUAAGACAGUUACUUAUAGAAGGUGAUAAAUCAAUUGGUGAUGAUGAUAAUGAUUUAGAAAUCUUGAACAUGGCAAAAGACAUUGGGAAAUGAGCAUAAAUUGGAAUAGUUUGGGUAGAAAUGGAUGCAUGACCAGCACUGUAUUUCUAAUGAUGGCCACUAGGAGGCAGUGCAGGACUGUUCCUUGGAGCAACUGUCUGUAGCAGGGGUCAGCAAACUUUCAGCAGGGGGCUGGUCCACUGUCCCUCAGACCUUGUGGGGGCCGGACUAUUUUUUUGUGUGUGGGAUGAAUGAAUUCCUAUGCCCAACAAAUAACCCAGAGAUGCAUUUUAAAUAAAAGCAAACAUUCUACUCAUGUAAAAACAUGCUGAUUCCCGGACCAUCCAUGGGCUGGAUUUAGAAGGCGAUUGGGUCCCCAGGCCUUAGUUUGCCUACCCAUGGUCUGUAGCCUUCCAACCAUUAACCGAUUUUAUAUCUUUAUCACCCACAGUGACCCUUGGCUCUUGAAUUCUUCUGGUUUUUGAAGAAGUGAUUAUGGUCAUUACAUCACACAACUUCCAGCCAUAUCUGUGGAACAGGAGUGGGGAGUAUUGCAACCCUCAAGCAGUUACCAGACACUAACUCCCAUCAGCCCCUUCAGCCAGCAUGGUCAGGAAUGAUGGGAGUUGUAGUCCAGCAACAUCUAGAGGGCCCCAGGUGUUCCCCAAACCUGCCAUAGAACUUCUCUUUUACACAGUAUUUCAUAACUUUCCCCCCUUUCCCUUUGUAGCCACUUGGGGAGGGGAUCAUUGCUAAACUCGCUUUACAGGGCAGGCACUCAGCUGUGAGUGAGAAUUGACCAAGGCCACAUAGUUUCAUUCAUUUCUAAAAAUAUUUAUAUGCAGUACUGGUAUGCCAUCAAAAAUAUGUAUCAAAGUGGUUUACAAUAUUAAAAUCCAAUAAACCGUACAAUAAAUCCUUAAAAAGAGUUGAAAACGCACAUUGGUUAAUUAUUGUGGAAAGGUGUAUUCUUAAUUCCCUGCUUAUGCCUGGAGGAAAGAGAAGUUUCCAAAGUUGGCACAGAAGGCACCUGCUGAAUCUUUGUUCGCAGUGUGUUCCACAGGACUGGACCAAUGGCACCAAAGGCUCAGUUCCUUGUUACUGUCAAAUGAGCCUCACCAACUCAGGAAAUAGGCAAUGAUGCUCCUGCAGAUAAUCUGAAUGAUCAAGCUCUGGGGUAUGAGGGGUUCAGGCCAUCUGUGAGGUAUUGAGGAAUACAAGUCUGUGGGGAGGUGGGACUUGGACCUUGAACCCUGGCUCUUACGAUCAUGCACCCUUUUCCCCACUGGUGUCCUCAAAUUGGUCCUCCUGAGCUCUGGAGCCUUUUCUUGCCCCUAUUCUCUCUCAGUCCAAGCACUUAAUCUACCCUGGUGAUUCAGCGAGGUCUCAGAUGUUGCUGAACCCCAGCUUCCAAUCCUGGCCAUUGGUCAUAGUGACUGAGGCUGAUGGGAGUCCAGCAGCAUUGCCCACUUCUGCUUAAAAAAGAGAAGAGGGGGAAAGGAAUUGAGAAAUGGAUAUACAGUGGUACCUUGGUUCUUAAACUUAAUCCAUUCUGGGCGUCCAUUCGACUCCCGAAACAGUUUGAAAACCAAGGUGCGGCCCGAUAGGCUGCAGGAGCUUCCUGCACUCAAUCGAAAGCCACGUUGGAUGUUCGGCUUCCGAAAAACGUUCGUAAACCGGAGCCAAUUUGUUCAGGAGCCAAGCCAUUCGAGUACCAAGGUACCACUGUAUUCCCUGGAGCAUCCUCUGGACUGGUGACAGAUCAGAAAGAUCCACACUGCGUUGCAGCUAUGGGGGAAGAGGUGCAUGGAUCAAGGAACUCCACCCACUUAGCAUCAUGUUGGUGGCAAUAUCUUUCCAUGCACCAAGGCACUCUCUGGACAGGCACUGGUCCGUCUAACUCAGUUUUGUCCACACUGACUGGCAGCAGCUCUUGGGAUUCAGGCAAGAGUCUCCAGCUCAAGUGUGUUGAAACCCAGGACAGAGGAAUAGGGGUCCUUCCACAUUUGGGUUUCUGGAAAUUCAUUCCAAACAUUACCCUGGUUCUCAUGAAGUGCAAAUGAGGUUAUAAAAAAAUUAUCGUCCUGGACUGGUCUGCUUCAUGGCACAGAGCAUGUCUUGACUGCUCCCUCAUGCAAAAUGAAUCCUAGUAUAUGUGAACUCCAGGCUGGCUAGAAGGGUAUUUUGAAAGCUAGUGUUUUGUUAAUGGUUAGAGCAUUGGACUAGGACCUGAAAAACCAGGUAUUCAAAUCUCCACUCAGCUAUGAAGCUCACUGGCCGACCUUAGGCCUGUCACUGUCUCUCAGCCUAACCUACCUCACAGGGUUGUGGGGAUUAAGUGAGGAGUGGGGGGGGGGGGGACCAGGGACACCACCUUGAGCUCCCUGGAAGAAAAGGUGGGAUAGAAAUUGAAUAAAUAAAAUAUUUAGUGUGGAGUUGCUCCUAGCCACUGUAUGUGAUGCUGGGAAUCCAAAAGAGUUUAUUUUCAUUUAAGAAAACAGUGACCUAACUCCAGGGCCCAGGUGGGGAGGUGGGGAUCUGUGGUUCCCACUAAGUUUCCUGCUUGGUUUCCUGCUUGGCAGGGGGUUGGACUCGAUGGCCCUUGUGGUCUAUUCUAACUCUAUGAUUCUAAGUGUUGUUGGACUACAACUCCCAUCAUUGCUAUUUUAUUUUAUUUUGGAAAUAAAAUUUUAUUUGAUUUUCAGGAAUAUAAACUUACAACAAAACCAAUUCUGAAUCCAAAUAUUGAAAUUACACUGAAUCUCCUGACUUCCCCCCAUCCCUUCCAUGGGUCCUAUUGAUCCUAUUUUCCACUGCAUAUCAGUACUUCUCCAAUUUUUUAAUCUUUCUAAAUUAUCUGUACAUUCUGUUACAUUGCAAGUGUGUUUGAAAUCCUGCCAAUGUUUUAACCUGCUUACAAUGAUCUUGUAUAUAAAUUAUAAACAUCUCUCCUUCUUUUUUG